AUGGUCGCAAGGCUGAAACUUAAAGAAAUUGACGGAAAGGCACCACCAGGAGUGGAGUCUGCGGCUAAAUUUGACUCAACACGGGGAAACUCACCAGGUCCAGACACAAUAAGGAUUAACACCCUAGACGGUGUAACAGCAAACCCCACGCCCGAUGGAUUCAGCUACAACCCGCGCUGCCUCCGCCGCGACAUCUCCGAGAAUGCCGCCGUAUCCACACGUACCAACGCCACCGUCUCGCUGCUGACCACGCACGAUAACAUCGCCGACUUCCAGGAUUACAUGCAAGAUAUCUUUGCCCAGAGCAUCCUCUUCGCAAGCUCCGGCAACCCGGCGUGGUUGCAUCAUGCUAAUGUUGAUCGUAUCUGGUGGAUCUGGCAGAACCAGGAUCUGGCGACGAGGCAGAAUGCUAUUGCGGGGCAGACGCAUAUGGCGGGUGAUGGAGUGCCUACGACGCUUGAGGAUGAUCAGUUCUUCCAGGUUAAUGAGAAGGUGCCUAAGCUGAAGGAUCUCCUGACGACUUUGGGUGGUGCGGAUGGGGGGUUCUGCUAUAUCUAUCAAUACAGUCAUAAUCCGUUAAGUCGAUAG